CCGAUCCACUUCUCUCCGGACUCGUCUGGAUUUAUACUUUAUGUACUGCUUUAGGAUUUCAAUCUCAUUUUUUUUGUUAAGAUUGAGUUGGACUUGAUCAAAACCCUGAUUUCCAGAUUAGGAUUUUUAUAAAAACAUAUCGAUUUGAUUUGUAGUAAUGCAAACUCAGGUAGGUUUAUUUGACUUAUUGUAAUUUAAUUUAAGUCAAUAAAUUAGAUUGGAAUCAGAUCAAAAUUCUUUCUUCAGAUUGAGUUAGACUCGAAAACAACCUGUUUGUGUGUUGAUACUCUGAAUUGAGAGCCAAAUGAUGGAUUGCAGUGUUGCUUCGAGCAGAUUGACAUAGAUCUUGUACUUGUACUUGAACUUGAACUUGUUAAUUUGUUAACUUGUAGAAGCCAUACUGUCCCUGAAGGCGGUGUCCCUUUUUUUAAUAAAAUAUUUUGUUAGUAAAAGUUUAGAAGGCAGUGGAAAGUUAAGGGAAAAAAGGAUGUCAAUUAAAUUAAUUGCAUCAUUGAGUUGAACAUUUGAGAAUUGAGAUGAAUCCUGGAGAAGCUGCCAGAAUGCCUAGAGAUGUUGCCUUUUUGGAAAAACAAGACAGGUCUAGAGCUCUCUCUUACUAUUUCAAUCCUUAGGAUUGAUCAUGUUGUUGCUCAUUGUCUAUAAAUAGAGUGAUGUAGAGAGCCCUAGCACCUCAGCAAACAACAGAGUUAAGCAUUUACGUAGUUGUUCAUCACACUCACAAUUCACAGCAUUCCUUUCAAACACUUGAACCCCAGAAUGUCUCUUAUUCCUAGCUUCUUUGGCCGUAGAACCAACGUUUUCGAUCCCCUUUCCCUUGAUAUUUUUUAUCCCUUUUCCCUUGAUGGUUUCUUCUCACCUGUUUGUAAUAUGCCAUCUGCUUUUGUGAACGUGAGGAUUGAUUGGAAAGAGACUCCUGAGGCUCACGUGGAACAAGUGAAGGUGGAAGUAGAGGAAGGGAGAGUCCUCCAGAUUAGUGGAGAGAGAAACACAGAGAAUGAUGAGAAGAAUGAUAAGUGGCACCGCGUGGAGAGGAGCAGCGGAAAGUUCUUUCGUCGGUUUAGGUUGCCAGAGAAUGCUAAGAUGGAUCAGGUGAAAGCUAGCAUGGAGAAUGGUGUGCUCAUGGUGACUGUACCAAAGGGGGAAGAGAAGAAGCCUGAGGUUAAGGCCAUUAAGGUAUCGGGUCAAUGAAGCUCUUAUGUUUACUGAAUCAGAAUGAAUUCUCUUGUUAUGGCAUGGGUGAAUAAAGUUGUUUCUGAGAUUCCUGCACUGAGUUUGUGUCUGUAAAACUGAAUUAUAAGUCUGUGUUGUUCAAACAAUUAUGAGUGAUAUUUCAUAGUAUUUGAAUUUAACUUCUUAUUACACUUUGUUUUCCCCUCAAAAUUAUCUAGCCAGGUCGUUCAAUACUACUAUCUUCAUUUAUAUUGCAUCAACUGUUAGCCACAUUACCAGUUUUGUUUCUUUUUGUUACGCGUAUUUUUUUUGGGUUCAAAUGGGCCACAAGGGCAUAUAUAAAUUACAAAUUGAGAGGGAGGAUUCGAUGCUGUGACCAAAAGUGCACAGAUACUUAGUCUUUAACACUAGGUCAAAAGUACCUUUCUUAUGUGCUACUUAUAAUCCGUUUUUGCUCUCCAAUUUGCCCAAAAAAGUCGUAAAAAUGAGACUGCGUGCUGCCUGCAUAGUGAACACAGCAUAUGUAAGGUACUCCUUCGACGUCCUCUGCUAGUUUCCACAUGCCACAGCUUCUUGUUCUCAGUAUCACAUUUUCUCUGUUUUU